GAAUGUCUGAAGACAGAACAAAGAGAAGAUAUUGGGCGACCUACUAGUAUUAAAAGACAGACAAGACAUCAAACAAUAUACACUUGCUGAACGUUAUGUUGCGCGCCGUGCUUUAUUCGGUCCUCGUAUGGGCUGUUGAGGCCCAUGUGCCAAAAGCUCGUUUUGUUAAUGAGAUCGAUAUUCCCGAACUGGUGCAGCGUUUGGAUAAUUUGACGGCGACAGUAAAUCAGUUGAAGUUAAAACAGGACCAACAGCCGAUUGCUUUCAAAGCUGAUCUGUAUUACUCCCAGAGGUCUUCUAUAAACCAACGCAUCAUUUUCGAUGUCGUUCAACUCAACCUCGGGAAUGCCUAUCACAGACUUCUUGGUGCAUUCUUCGCCCCUGUACACGGCUCAUACCUCUUGUCAAUCUCCAUCUGCUCCAAUAACCAUUCUAUUGUGCUGGACCUCAUGAGGAACAAGGACAUGAUUGGCAGAGUAAUGGCUGGCGACAAAAGUACCAUCGAUUGUUCCUCCCAGACCACUGUUUCUGAACUCUUUGCAGGGGACGAAGUAUACAUCCAAUGUCAUCAAGGUGACCUUAUUUCCGCCGCGUGGCCCGUUCUUAAUAGUUUCACGGGGGCUCUGCUACAACCUCUGUAAUGCAUGAUUGCUUUUUUAGAACCUUCAAUUAUUUGGAAAUGGGAUGAGACUGAAUAAACAGUCGAAUAUUUAAAAUAGUUGUGUAAACUGCGCCAUGCUCCUGUUUAUUUUUUAAGAACAAACAAAGUUCGUUCACUCUCGAUGAAACUGUUUUACCGAUAUUACCAGUCAGGGGUUACAACAUUCCAUUAUACUACUGUGUUUAUAUUUUGUUUAAAUUUAUAUAUUAAAACCUUGUAGCACUCUAA